AUGGGGCAUUUGCCAUCUGGUGGCAUGAAGUUACAAGACAUGAUUUUAGAUCCAUCCAGAGCCUUUGGAGCCAGGAGAGGAGGAGAGAACAUCGCUGACGUUAAACAUCAAAAUGAAAGUAUGGAAUAUUUCAAUUUUGGAUUUGGCUUCUUGAGAACCCUAUGCAGUGGAAGGCCUGGUUUGACGAGGCACAUGAAAACGUUCCGUCAUCAGGCAUCUGUAUAUGAUGUGACCAACGCAAUCACUGUGUCAAAUAGAACAGAGCUGAAAUAUAUGAAGUGUUUAGAGGGAGUGACUGUUGGAAUUGUUCGUGUCGACUAUGCAAAUAUGUACUGGACCGUCAUAGAGCUGUACAGCGCAUAUCUGAAUGCCCGGGAAAUGAACAGAACUGCUGCCGAGACCACCAUUCUCAUCCUUGACGCCCAUCCAGCUACUGGUCUGGACGGAUUGUGGGAACUGUUCUUCAAGAACGUUGUCAGAGUUGGAUGGUUGAAAACAACAACACUCCUGGAACAGUUUGCCCUGGUUCCCGAGUCAAAACAUGUGCCAAUUGUGCGUGGCGAAAAGCCUAUUCCCUAUAUCGACGACUUCCGGUAUGAGGUUUCCAAUCGCGUAGGAGGAUUCCAGGGCAGGAGAAUAGAUUGUGACAGGAUUAAGAUAACCGUUGUGCUGAGAAGGAACUACAUAGCUCAUCCAAGAAAUGUCAAGGGCACAAUAAAAAGGCAGUUCAAUAAUUCCGAUGACCUCAUUCAGGCGCUGAAAAACGCUGUUCCCGGAACUCCUGUACAAGCCAUAGCACUAGAGACUUUAACUAUCAGAGAACAAAUACAAUUAAUGACGGAAACGGAUAUUCUUAUCGGCGUGCACGGUGCAGGGUUGGCACUGUCGUUGUUCCAGGUUCCAGGAACAGGGUUGAUUGAACUCUUCCCUUUCGAGUAUAAACGUCACAGAAACAAUCACAUGGAACAUUUGGCUGUUUGGGGUGGUAAACUCUACAGCAGUUGGUACAGCGACAACAGGUUAGCCACCACUGUGCACGUUCCUCCACGAGUCCUGACGAGUAUGUAUACUCUGUCUAAGAUAAUGUUUAGCAUAGUAAAGGCUGUGAAACUAUCUUAUGUCAUACAAUGUGAUAUUGUGGUGUUAUAUGUAUUCUGGUAUUACCGGGCACUCGUGAAGAACAACCUCCUCGUGGUGAGUGCUGGGUAA